AAGAUUGGGGAGGGGACGAGGGACACCUGGGGCUCAUUCUUCUCUUUACUGGGGAGGAAGGGGCUGGCUCAAAUGGGGCAGGAUGUGGUGGCACUGUGGGCUACAGAGACAUCAAGCCUGGUGGCCCGGACCAAGGAGGUAAUAAAGGGGAGAAAGAGAAGGCAGGUCAGAGUGGUGGGGAGCAUGCUUCAGAGAGGCUAGGAGUACCCACUUAUGUCCAGGGACCUCGGGCUUAAGACCCUGGGCCUUACCAUGGGAGGCUGAGAGCAGCCAGCCUCUUCCAGGACUCCCAGGCUGCCGUCAUGCCCACAUGAGGGAAAGGGGAUUGCCACUGACAUUUCUCGAGACAGCAAUGCCCAAAGAAAAGGCUCCUGGACAUUAGUAUGUCCUUGCUCUAUCCUCAAGCAGGACAGUGAUAAACUCAGAAUUUGGAAGUAAGAAAGACAGACACAGGAUGUGGGGAGGUCAGGAGACUGGGUUCCACUCUGGCUGUGUAACCUUGAGCAAGGCUCUCCAAGGGCCUCCCUUUUCUCAUCUCUAAAGUCCCUGCAACUCCCCAGUUGUAUGCAAACCCCAUCCUGCUGAGCUGCCCAGAGACCAGUUCCCAGAGGAGGGACCGUAGGCUUCCUGAUGCGACCUUGCAGCCCCACUGCAGGGCUGCACAGGCUUAGCCAUCACUGUGCGCUGAGGCACAGGGCGGACGUGAGCCGUCCUUCAUUGAUAAAAUCACAGCAGGCUGCCUGAACCCUCACCCUGCCCUGCAGACAGGCUAAAAAAAGCCCUGAGCAGCUGAGCCAGGCUGAUUGGGAUCUGCCGGAAGAAACUGCAAGGAAGAAAGAGACAGCGAGGUGUGCCUGUGCCAAGAUGAGGUCACAGAUGAUUACAUCGGAGAAAAUACCACAGUGGACUACACGCUGUAUGAGUCCAUAUGCUUCAAGAAAGACGUGCGGAACUUUAAAGCCUGGUUCCUGCCAGUCAUGUACUCCAUCAUUUGUUUCAUGGGCCUGCUGGGCAACGGGCUGGUCGUGCUGACCUACAUCUAUUUCAAGAGGCUCAAGACCAUGACCGAUACCUACCUGCUCAACCUGGCCAUGGCAGACAUCCUCUUCCUCCUGACCCUACCCUUCUGGGCGUACAGCGCGGCCAAGUCCUGGGCCUUUGGGGUCCAUGUUUGCAAGAUCAUCUUUGGCAUCUACAAGAUAAGCUUCUUUAGCGGCAUGCUGCUACUCCUUUGUAUCAGCAUUGACCGCUAUGUGGCCAUUGUCCAGGCCGUCUCCGCCCACCGACACCGUGCCCGCGUCCUUUUCAUUAGCAAGCUCUCCUGUGUGGGCAUCUGGAUGCUGGCCAUGGUGCUGUCCACCCCAGAGCUGCUGUACAGCAGCCUCCAGAGGAGUAGCAGCGACCACACACUGCGGUGCUCCCUCAUCACUGAGCAUGUAGAAGCCCUGAUCACCAUCCAGGUGGCCCAGAUGGUGGUGGGCUUCCUCAUCCCCCUGGGGGCCAUGAGCUUCUGCUACCUCGUCAUCAUUCGCACCCUGCUCCAGGCGCGCAACUUUGAGCGCAACAAAGCCAUCAAGGUCAUCAUCGCUGUGGUCGUGGUCUUCAUAGCCUUCCAGCUGCCCUACAAUGGGGUGGUCCUGGCCCAGACGGUGGCCAACUUCAAUAUCACCGGCGGCAGCAGCUGUGAGCUCAGCAAGCAGCUCGACAUCGCCUACGACAUCACCUAUAGCCUGGCCUGCGUCCGCUGCUGCGUCAACCCUUUCUUAUACGCCUUCAUUGGCGUCAAGUUCAGAAGUGAUCUCUUCAAGCUCUUCAAGGACUUGGGCUGCCUGAGCCAGGAGCAGCUCCGUCAGUGGUCUUCCUGCCGCCACACCCGGCGCUCCUCCAUGAGCGUGGAGGCUGAGACCACCACCACCUUCUCCCCAUAGGAGGCUCCUCUGCCAGGACUAGAUGGACCUCUCCCAGGGCCCCUGGGCUGGGGACAGGGAGCAGAUGACUCAGGCUCCAAAAACUACAGAGGGAAAAUCAGUCCUGGCUGUUAAGUUUAUCUCGUGGGGAAAGCCCAUGCCACAGCCCGGACUUCACCCCGGCCCUAGCUACCUCCACCAAGGUUGCAAAGAGUUGUGGCCGGUGAGCCACACCAAAUCCUGCAACGUUCCUAAACCAACGCUGUUGUCUCCCAAACCAAAAUCCCAAGGUGGACGUCGGAAUACAGUCCACACUCCUGGGGUCAACAGGUAGCUGGUGACAGGUAGGCUGGCAGAGGGGACCUGGCGGAUCCUCUGAAGGAAACUCCUUCCGACCUAGAAUGACAUCCUCCCUGAGAUUCAAAGGCUGAGACAAGGUUUUCCAGAAAUCAAGGCUUUGUCUCCAAGAUCCGAGAUGGUGGGGAGGCUUGGCAUGGCAGCGAGAGGGGGAUGCCAAUGGGCCAAACUCCGACUUUCUGCCUCCAUCUCUUUUUCCACUGUCAUCGGAGCCAGCAAGAAAUGGCAAACUCUAGGCCUCCCCAAAAGCACACUUGCCCCUGGCCUGCCACCUCUCAUCAGGCUGCUACCCUCCCAGGCUCUCCUCAGGGAGGGGUGUGGUGUUUCCUGCAGGCCAGGCCAGCUGCCUCUGCCCGGCCAAAGCCAUGCUCCCAGCCAGGACUCUGGGGCAAGGAUGACGUGGGGCCAGCCCUUCUCAGGUCUCAGCUCUGCUCGGAUGGAAGAGAGGACAGGGAGAGGGGUUAGGGGCCAGGGGGUGGGGACCGUGCUGGCUGCCAAAGACCAAUGGGCUGCUUUUUGUUCUUAGUCGUGGGGACAAAAAAAUCCCAUCCUGUCCAGCAUGGUUUACUCACAUACAAAUACAAGUUUUCCCUUGAGGAAACAACAGCUUUAAAAGAAAGGGGGGAAUUUUCUGAUAAAUGACAAAUGGGUAUGUUCCUGUUUUGCAAACUCCCACUUCUCUAUUUUCCCCGGUCUUCAUUUCUCAGAGAUGCUCAGAGCCACGAGGUCUGCCAAACUAUGUCCUGAACCCAUCCAAUGACACAGGCCCAAGAGGCUAAAAGAGGCAGGGGGAGGGGAAGCACAGGGUGCCCAUCUUGCAAACGUCCUUCCAGAGCUCGUGGGAGAGGACCCAAGCCUGUGCCAUCAGCAGUGACCCAGAGACUGAGCUCUGGAAAUAACCAAGUUGUCCCUGUAACCUCAAUGGCUGGGGUGCUCUCCCUGACCUUUAGCAACAUUCACACACUGGUCUGCUCAUCUGUCCCAGCUUGGUGUAGAACCAGAGCCCCUGACCCUCUGUCAGUCCCUUCAAGCUCCCCCAAAGUGGUGUUUCGAGGGAAGGCCUCCCCCUGGGCAAAGAGACCAUGGCAUGCUGGAUUAAGGGGGCUUGGGAUGAAACCCAUGUGACAGACUACACCCUUUGCUGGAUGCUUGAAAGCCAGGUUCACCCAUGUCCCUCCCUACUGACCAUUGUUGGAGCAAUAGCCAAUGUAUGGUUACCCACCAUGGAGGGGCGGGAAUCGAGAAACAGCCACUGCUUUCCACGUAUAUCCAUGUCCCUGGGUGCCCUGAUGCCUUCCCAGAGCCUGACCCCUCCAAGCCAGAGAGGAAGUUAGCCUAAGCUGUGACGUAUGAGGAGUGGUCUGAAGGGCCCUGCGCAGCAAUAGCUUGGGGCCUGAUGGGGAGAGAGAGGGGGAUACUCAUGUAAAGGUAAUUUCAGCAAUUUUCCAAAGAGAAAAGAGCCUGCCUGGUAAUGAAGCCCAUUGUCUAAUUUCACAAGCACAUUACAUUACUCUCCUCCACGGGGUGCGCUGGGCACUGUCAGCCGGCCUCCACGCCGGGACCCGGCGCCCUGGGAAAAAGGAACCCAGCACGGACGCUGUGAGUGUAAGGCAGUGCCCACCACGGCAGCAUUAAAUAUUAAAAGGUGCAGCUGCCAAUGUGUGUGCACAAGUGUGGGGGAGAGGGGGGACCCCAGAGUGCCUGUGGAGCCCACUGGUGUGUAUAUCCUAAUGAGGGUACAGGCAGGAAACUGAGCCUCAGUUCCUGAAGGGAGAAAUGUAAAGGAAAGGUCAUGAACAGGAAGCCAGGCCAACCACACAAACAUACCACCUCGGCUUCAAAUACAUUUUCCUAAAAUAACUGGACAUCUCCAAAUAUUUACAAAGACAACAAAACCCCAGCAAUGUUAAUUCCCCAAACUGCUCUAUCUUGGCUCAUUGCUGGACUGGUCCCUGUUUCCUCACCCAGCACCCUCACAUGCCUACCCUGAACUUUGGGGGGGCCCUAGGAAGGUGGAAUAGACUCACUGGGGUGCACCUCCCCAAGGGCUUCUCUUUCUCUCUCAUCUGCCUCAUAGAACUGCCCCAUCUUCCUGGGUUCAUGGUCCCCAUAGCCCCUCCCUGUCUCCCGCAGCUUCCCCCUUCUUUCCAGCCCCAGCGUCUUGCCCGGCAGCCUCCCUGGCUUCAACCCAAGGCCAAAAAUAUGCCCUUCCAGCUAGAAGCACCACACUUCUAGGAUCAUGGAUUGAGAGCUACAAGGGGCUUACAAGCUGGUCCAAGCCCCAAUCAUUCUCUAGAUAGGAAAGCUGAGGCCCAGAGGGAAGAACGGACUUGCUUAAACAGACACUGCAAUGUAAGGAUACUGGAUAAACUUGCUUCGGGCGCCUGAAGACCUGGCAAGAUUGUGGAGGCGGAUGCGGGAGAGCAGAGGCUCUGGAGACUGGCUGACUGUGAACCUCAACUCUAUUGCUUCCCAGCUGUGUGACCUUCAACUGUUGCUCAACUGCUCUGAGUCUCAGAUUUCUCCACUGCAGAGUGGAGAGGAUCUGGCACACGUUUAGCACAGUGCCUGGAACACUGCAUGGGGUGGUGAGGAGCCCAGGCUCUGCGGCCAGAAUGCCUGGCUCGUAACUCAGCUGCGCUGCUGGUCUCAGUCUCUCUGUGCCUCGGUUUCCUAACCCAUGUGAUGGGAAAAAAUCAUUGCACCUACCUCCUAGGUUUGUCAUGAGGAGCAAAUAAAAUUCAUGUAUGUAAAAUGCUUAGAAAUCCUUA